AUGACAGAUUCUUCCGUUAUUAAAGAAAAUCAGUGUCCCUAUUCAUACUGGUCUUUAUACUUCAACAACGAAGUUUACGAUUAUAAACACAAGCAUGUGAGCAUAAUCGAAGAGUUCACCAAGUAUGCUCAAAAUAUUGGUCUGCAAGUCGAAAAGCAAAGUCUGUCUAGUGAGCUUUUGCAUCAGUUAAAGACUAGUCCGCGACCUACAUUAGAUUGUGCAGCAAUGGCAUUAUGUGAACUAUUAUUCGAACCAGAUUCUGUUAAUUACAAACUUCGUGUUCGUCUGAUUAAUUAUGGACAAAUGACAACAUUCAAAGAGCUAUCAGCUAACAUUAUAGGGCAUUUAGUUUCUGUGAGAGGUGUCGUGACAUCUGUGCAUUGUCCCCGCACAUAUUCGACGUCUGUCAACGUCACGUGUGCUAUUUGCAACGAAAAGCAAACAGUACAACUUACUUCUGGUGGGUCACCGUCUGUUACAUCAUGCAAAACGUCCUUUUGCAAGAACAAAGGCACUCCCAGUUCUCUAAAAUUCGAAAGCCAUGUUGAUCUGACCGAUUGCCAAACAAUACAAAUUCAGGAAAUAUUCACUUGCGAGAGUUUAAUGGUUCCACAAAUGAUCGAAUGUGAAUUACGGCACGAACUUGUGAAUAUAGUAAACCCUGGAGAUGCUGUAUAUGUUACUGGUAUCGUAGAAGUGAACAGCCAAAAAGGUUCAUACAAUAACCGUCAUGUGAAGAAACAUACUCUGUACAUUGAUGUUGUUUCCAUAAACAAAAUUUCAAAUUCCGAAGAAAUUGACCAAGAAUAUGCCCCAUUUAUUGCCGAGGAUUUGUGUUUGAUACACGAUAUUGUUGGUGUAUCGAAUGUCUUUAAGGUUCUAGUCAAUUCGUUUUGUACAGAUGUCUUUGGACAAGAAAUAAUUAAAGCUGGGCUAUUGCUGUCAUUGUUCGCUGGAGAUCACUCAAUACAUUAUAAUGAACAUAACGUAUUACAUGUUUUAAUUGUUGGCGAUCCAGGCACUCCAGCAGCACAGCUUAUUUCGACGACUACAAUGCUUUCUAAUAUGACGGUCGUCUCUAGACAGACAACACCUGCGGAAAACCGAAAAUUAACACCACGACUGUCUCGUGAAAAUCUAUCGAAUAAUUGGAUUCUGGAAGCAGGUCCUUUGGUUGCUUGUGAUCGAGGCACAUGUCGCGUAGAAGAUUUAAGUACAUUUCAAGAUUUGGAUGCUUUGGCAGAAGCGCUUGAUAAGCAGUCGGUCUUGGUUUAUGAAACGGGAAUAGCAUGCAAGUUAUUAUGCAGGACAAGUCUUCUAGCCACAGCUAAUCCUACCAAAGGACAUUACGACAAAUCCAAGACAAUUGCUGAAAAUACCAAAUUAAAGAAUAACCUGUUAUCUCAUUUUGACCUCGUCUUUCUCAUUCUCGAUAAGCCUGAAGAAAGUUCUGAUAGACAUUACUCGGAACUAAUUAUGAAGGCACGUUCUCGAGGUGAAUUCGGAUCUUCGUCACAAUAUCAAGGUUUUCGGAACGCUUCCACCAAAGCUGUGACUCACGCAACAGACGUGAAAUCGCGUUUGAGAGUAUCUCAGGAUGAAGGGUUUACUCCUGUUCCACUAAAUCUUUUGAAAGAAUACAUUACAUAUGCGGUGACCGCAUCUUUACGCGAGAAAACAAAAUCAGUUUAUGAGAACAUGCGUCGAAAAUAUCGAUCUUUUGUUGACGAGACUAUUACUUUGAAACAACUGGAGACUCUACUAAAAUUAUCUAUUGCUCGUGCUCGCGUGGAAUUGCGGGAUACCGUGACCCAAGAGGACGUUGAAGAUGUUGCUGAAAUAAUAGAAUAUUGCUUAUUGCAAGUCCAGCGAGACGAUAUCCGUCAGCGAAAUGAGUCUGGACGUCGGUUGAAUAGCAGGCAGGCCGAGGCUCGGAGAUUACUAUCGCAUCUUCAAGGGAUUGCUUCAGCAAAUCAAAGUGAUACUUUCACCCUCGACGAACUAUCUCAGAUUAGCACAACUUUGAACUUGCAGUAUGAUAAUUUCCAGGCAUUUGUUGAUUUCCUGAAUGAGCAAGGGCUGGUACUCAAGAAGGCACCCGGAAUUUACCAGAUUAGAUAG